AUGGUAACCAAAAAUGUUGGUAUGGUUUACAGUGGAAUGGGACCAGACUAUAGGUAUGGAUGAAGGAUGAUGGACCUUGAUGGAUUGAGGUUUUAGGGUUGAUUUAACUUUUGCCAUAUUAAACACUGUCCUGAUCACCUGAUGUGCCCCAUCAAUAUAAUUUAACUCUUGGUAGCCCUGGCUAUUAGAACUAGUUGGCCCCUGGCAAAUUAUUUUUCCUUGGGGCGACUAAAUGUAACUUAUACAGUUUGUAGGUAAAAUGUGUUCUCAGAUUAAGCCAUUAGUCAACCUAUGUUAGCAAUCUACGUUAGCGUGAUUCAGAAUUUCUUUUGUUUCCUAGCCUGAAUUAUUGACAGGAGACAAAUGAAUUUCUUGUAUAACCCGAGAACUGAUUUUAUGUUAAGCAUAAACACUUAGCACCCAAGAUUUGAUAAGUUCAGAGGGUUUGCACUUAUAACUUUUCUUUGAUUACAUCCUUGACUAGUAUUAUUAAUGAUAAAAAAGCACACUAAGCAAAACUUUUCAUCUUAACUUACCUAAUAAAAAACUAACUUGAUUUUUGCAGUUGAGUGUACUUGUUGCUAGCAUAUACAUGAUGUCAAAUGGUAUGCUUCUUUUCUUGCAGAGUUCUCGUACGUCAUGCAAGAAAGAUUGCCCAACAGUAUUUUUUGAUGUAUCAGGAAGAAAUCCCUACAGCUCAGCUGGUUCAAAAGGUUGCAUCUGUCGUUCAAGAAUAUACUCAAUCAGGGUAAAAGAAUGUUUAGUUCUUUCUGUGCGAAGUAGCAUGUCUGUACUCCUUUGGUACUUCUGCAGAAUUUAUUAUUAAUUAUUUUUUUGGAACAGUUUUUCUUGAAUUAAAGACAAGUUUUACAAUGUUAUUAUGCAAUUCUACUUAAAAAAAGAAAAAAGAAAAAGGAUAACAAUAACAGCGAAAAAUAUAUGUAUAUAUUACAACAACGACGAUAACAAUAAAGAUGCCUGCUAAUUUUUACGAACCUCUGUGUAUCAACUACUACUAAGUACAUUAGUUAGCUUCUCCUACUAACCUCUUUUGAAAAUGAAAAAUUUAUAUAAAUGAAGAAUUAAUUUUAUACGCUGCAGCCAGACUCCACUCACUGAACUACUGGAGACUAACAGUGGCUUUUGAGGUGAAAACAUUUCAGAAUAUUUUUUUACUCUUCCAGAAUAGAAGAGUAUAGAUAUAAAUUCGUAUUGUCAUUUUCAGUGGUUCUGGAAAUAAAAAGGAACAGCAGUUGACGCUAUAAAAUAAUAUAAUAUUGUGAAAAAUAGCUUGUUGUAGGACUUUAGAGGUGCUAACAUCGCUUAUCAUGUCUAUUUUCAGUGGUGUGCGGCCAUUUGGUGUGUCUCUUCUUGUUGCUGGCUGGGAUGACGACAGACCUUAUUUAUUUCAGUGUGAUCCUUCUGUAAGUCCAAUUAAAUUGUUCUUAAACCUUUCUGACAUGGCUUUCAAUAAGACCUGGAGCACCAUCUGGAGUUCCAGCACAUACAUGUAUGUAUAUUGUGUUGUGAAUCACCAUCUACAUUAAUCCGUGCUAGAUCUGCCUCAGGUUGUCAACUACUUUAGCUUGCUCUGACCUCCCCUCCCCCCAUCAAUUUUUUAACAGUUAUUGAUUUGCCAAGCUUAAGUGAUAAAAAGUUCUUUGAGUUUUGAAGUGUUACUGUGCUUCAUACCUGUAACAUGAUUUUGGCUGUGUUGACUUCUGAGCUAACUCUCCCCACAUGUGUUAUGGGAAAUGUAUAGAGAAUAGAGAGGAGAAUAUCCAUACUGAUAUUGUGGAUUGAGUAAGUUUUGUUAAGCAAUCUCAUUUUUAUCUCAGGGCUCCUAUUUUGCUUGGAAGGCCACAGCCAUGGGUAAAAACUAUGUGAAUGGGAAAACAUUCCUGGAAAAAAGGUACAAAAUCUAUUUGGUGUACAGUGUAAUUUAACCCUUUAAGUCCCAAUGGUGACCAACAUCAAUUUUCUGCUAACAAUAUCCAUAGAAUGUCAAGAGAUUAGGUUAUGAGAGUUAUUAAAAUGAUCAUCUAAGACAAAAUGCUUUGAUCUUUUAUCAAAUUCUUAACACAUUCUUUAAGGAAAUAUAUAGAGAUCAGUUUGGAGAAUUUGUAUGUGGAUAUUGGGGCUUACGUUCUGGGAAACUGCCCACCUACCCCUCCCCUAAGCCAAGAGUAACACUUACUUCUCACUCGGGGCAAAAUUGUGGCUUAGGGGAGGGGUGGGUGGGUAGUUUCCCUGGAACCUUAAUUGAUGAAGUGAAAUGGCAUUAUUUUUAUUUAUGUUGGUUGUUUCUCUAUCUUUCAAGAUACAAUGAAAAUUUGGAACUAGAAGAUGCCAUUCACACAGCCAUUUUAACUCUCAAGGUAAGAAUCAGUCAGUUGUAAUUUAAACUUUUCACAAGAAAUGGCCCAGUUAAAACAUAAGUAUGUAUUUGUGAGAAAAUGCAAGGGGUGACAGGCUGCACAUCCAUACUGGCAUGAAACCUUGUGUUAACCUUUUAUAUUUUAGCUCUAACGAGCAUGUCCUUUAGGGAUUUUCCUAUUUUUUAGGAAAUGAUAGGUGGUUCUUUAAAAGUUGGUUUUGUAUAAGAUUCCAUUUUUUCAUUAAAACUUCUUUUAAAGUAGACACUAAGGGCUGGUACUGUACAGCCCCCAAAAUGAUCCCGACCCCGAAAUGACACUGACCCCGAAAUGAUCCCCACCUGCUCCCAGGUCGACCCUGAAAUGGUCCAAUUCUUGGAAUGGAAUGGUAUUUCGUCACGGAAAAAACCUCUGCUUAUGGUUAAGAAAAGUUGACCUACCCAUUAGCCCAUGUACAUGUAGAUAAGCACGUCGCUCGUCUCGUGAAUCUGACCCUUGCUUGGCGAGCAUCCCUUGCACUUUUGUAACCUGUGAGCGGGCUCAAUUGUGGAAUUCGGGGAAAAUGUUGAGCCUGCUUGCAGGUUACUGCCUUUGGUGCUGUUGUGGUUGACUUGUGGCCAGUCUACAUGUGAGGUUGAUGAGAGAAAAAUGACAAGGCAACUAUACCGAGUACUUAUAAGUCAGAUUCCCAGUCUACUUAUGAUUGAUCAUCCAAUCUUUCACUCCUUAUAAAAAUGUUAUAACCUGUAUCUUUCUUUUUCACAGGAGAGUUUUGAGGGACAAAUGACAGAAGACAACAUUGAAAUAGGAGUAUGCAAUGAUCAAGGCUUCCGUCGUCUUACUCCUGCAGAAGUGAAAGACUAUCUUGCCUCUAUUGUAUCUUAA